AGCGUACGGACCAAAGUAUCCUAGCUUGUGGAGUAGGAUAUUCUCUUGCAAGAAAGUGGCAGAACUAGGGUUUCGGCCGCCUAAUACGGUUGUAUAUAAACACCUUAAACUCUCACUCUUGCAUAAGCAUUAAGCACCGAGGUACACACUAGGAGGCGACGAACAUUGAGACGUAAAAGUUAGACAAUGGAGCAAACAUUCAUCAUGAUCAAGCCUGAUGGCGUCCAGAGGGGUUUGGUUGGUGAAAUCAUUGGCAGAUUUGAGAAGAAAGGUUUCUAUUUGAAGGGUUUGAAACUCAUCACCGUGGAUCAAUCUUUUGCUGAGAAGCACUAUGCAGACCUCUCUGCAAAACCCUUCUUUAAUGGGCUCGUAGAGUACAUUAUCUCUGGUCCUGUUGUUGCUAUGAUUUGGGAGGGUAAGAAUGUUGUUACCACUGGUCGCAAGAUUAUUGGAGCCACAAACCCUGCUGAGUCUGCUCCUGGAACAAUCCGUGGUGACUUUGCAAUUGACAUUGGCAGGAAUGUGAUUCACGGAAGUGAUUCGGUUGAGAGUGCUAAGAAGGAAAUUGCAUUGUGGUUCCCAGAAAGCCCUGUUAACUGGCAGAGCAGUGUUCACCCCUGGAUCUAUGAGUAGAUUUUAAAUUAAGCUGUUGCAGAUCAUGGCAUCCUUGUGUUUGCUUCUUGUUAGUGAACUUUUUUUAUGAACUUUUUACUGAAUUACCUCUAGUUACUGUUUAAGAUGUUUGUUUGAUGCCAUUAUUUUUGCUCACUAAAUUAAUCAAGUUCUGAAA